CAAACGCGCCGCGUACAGUUUCCAUCCAUCGGCGCUUCGGCGCAACGCUCGCAAAAAUCAUCUGUCUUUGUUUAACUUUUGGUGAAUAACAACGAUGAAAUGAUACCGUGAGUGUUGCGGGCAUUAAGUGGAACGCGCCCUAUACGUUUAAGAUGGUUAACGUACCGAAGCAAAGGCGUACUUUUUGCAAAAAAUGCAAAGUACACAAGACUCACAAAGUGACGCAAUACAAGAAGAGUAAGGAAAGACAUGCCUCGCAGGGUAGAAGACGUUAUGAUCGCAAACAGCAAGGUUUUGGCGGUCAAACUAAGCCCAUCUUCAGAAAAAAGGCGAAAACGACAAAGAAAAUUGUACUGAGGAUGGAAUGUACGGAAUGCAAGUACAGAAAACAAAUUCCGCUGAAAAGAUGCAAGCACUUUGAACUGGGUGGUGACAAGAAGAGGAAGGGUCAAAUGAUUCAGUUCUAAAUUAUCCACUCAAUGUUGUCAGCAUAUUCUGGAUUUAAUAAGAAAUAAAUAAAUCUACAAGGAUUUGUACAAAUCUUUAUUUGGAUGGACUAAAGAUGAAGAGAUAGAAAUACAGUUUGCAGCUAAAGAUCCUCGCCAUGAAAAGUACUUUAAAAUGUUACAUGUUGGUGUACCAAAAGAAGGAGUUAAAUUAAAGAUAAAGCAAGAAGGACUGGACACCUCCAUAUUGGACAUUCCACAACAGAUAGCUUUUAUACCACGGUCGUCGGAUAACAGGAAGAAUCAAGGUGAAUAAGAAUUAAGAUGUUAGUGCUGCUUGUUUAGGUAUGUUGGACAUUUUCACAUUAUAAAAUACAAACCAUCCAAAUAAAGAUGUGUACAAAUCCCUGUAAAUUUAUUUAUUUCUUAUUAAAUACAGAAUAUACUGAAAA